UAAAACUUUACCGCUUUAAGGACAGGAGACGAGACGAGUGAAUGGGUGGAGUGAACGGAGGAGGAUCCGCGGUGAAGCGCAAGGAAGUGGCUGCAAAACCAUAGAGAGGCGAAUUAGCCGCUCUGGCACGCGAAAGAGAACGGGAUAUAAACAAAGCAGUUUGAAAGCAGGAAGUAUUAAAGGAGCACUUAAAAAAGAGUGUACUGUGUGAAAAGAUGUGUGGCUGAAGUAAUAAGUUAAAGGUGAAGACAGUCUAGACCAGCCUCAUUUUUACCAAGUGCUGAGUGAGAAAAUAAAUGGCGACCGGUAGAGGAAAGACGCAAGCGAAAGAGAAAGGAGGUGUAAUUGAGGAAAUAACAGGUGGCAGGAGGGGAUCGGAAUCGGCCCCGAAAAUGGAGACACUGUAUGAUAUGAUUUCUGCUAUGCAACAGAAUAUUGUGACGCUACAACAAGAUAUGCAAAGUAACUUUAAGGAAAUUAAACAAGAAAUAGCGCAAGUUAAAAAACUGGAAGAAGCGGUCCUAGCUACAAAGCAAGACUUGACGGAAGUUAAAGAACAAAUGGUUACAAUAGGAGAAAGAAUGGAUGAAAAAGAUAAACGUAUAGAAGCUUUGGAGGAGAAAAUAAUGUUAAUGGAGUUAAGAAGCAAAGAAAAAAAUAUACGGAUUAGAGGAUUAAAAGAAGAAAGAUCAGAAGAACUGGAAAAGAGGAUAAUAGCUGAAUUGGCCAAGUUUAUUGAGUAUGAUGCUGAAGAAUUAGAAGCAGAAAUAGACUCAAUUUUCAGAGUCAACUCAAAAUUUGCCAGAGAGAAUAAUGUUCCCAGGGACAUCAUUGUGACCUUUCUCAAAAAAGAAACAAGGGACGCGCUACUAAGAGAACAAGCAAAGCAGAAAUUGAGAAUUGAGAAUCAAGAAUUGACAUUGUUAAAAGAAAUACCGAUUGCCAUACGGAGAAGACGGAAAAAAUAUACCCCCCUGACUGAAACCCUCAAGAAGAAGAACAUUCUCUACCGAUGGGAAGUGAUAGAAGGACUAUCCUUCACUUACAAAAGUAAAAAUUGGACUAUAAAUACUGAAGAGAAAAUGAAGGACUUCAUGCAGAAGAAUAAAAAAGAACUGACAAAAUGAGACAUAGAAUAUCCAGCUAAACCAAUGCGGAAGUUAAAGUUGUAAAGAGAGAAGGAACUAACCAAGCAUUUUGUUUAUAGACCUGGAAAAGUUGCUUGGUAGAA